GAAAUCUAAGGUCUCGGGGCAAGUAUUCAGCAGAGAAUAAGACUAAAUCUCAAGAUACUGAUUUUGAAACUCUGAAGAUACUGGAAGAAGAAAUGGCUGAGCUGGCAACUGAAAGAAGCAGAACUAACUCACCAAAUCGCCGCUUUAGUUUCAGCUUGAGUCGUAUUAGUAGAAGUUUCAGUUUUAAGGAAAGUUCUGCAGUCCCACAAUUGAGCUCUGAUUAUGUUUCUGUGAGGUCCGGUCCAAUGAGGUCUGAUUCUUCUUGUUUUCUUGAUGAUGCGCACAUAGAGAAGCUGAAUGGCCGUCAUAGAACUAGAUCCAGCCCUUUUAGAAGGGUGCUGGAUCCACUACUGAAGUCCAAGGGCUUAAAUUCCUUUCGAUCAACUGACACUGUUCAGCCAUCAAAGGGAAGCUUGAACUCCUCUACUCCACGGCCACUUUAUGCAAAUGAAUCCUUUCAGGAAGAAAAGUUGGGGUCAUCAAUGACUAAAGCUCUUCUAGAGGUUGCAAUGAAGAAUGGACACCCACUGUUCAGAUUUGUUGUCACCAAUGGUAGCAACAUGCUUGCAACAACCGUGAAAAGUCUAGCAUCAUCUGACAAGGUGGGAUCUGAUAAGAACUACGUAUUCUCUUCGGUUAGUGAAAUUAAGAAAAAGAGUGGCAGAAGGAUUAGUAAAGGAAACAAGGAAAAAAACUGUGGUUACAUCUAUAAUAUCAUUGGACAAUUGAAGAUUUCCGACAUUCAUAUUUCAGAUUUGACUGCGGCAGACUCUUACUAUUACCAUAUGGUAAGAGAAUCUGUUCUGUUCAGUGUGGAGCAAAGACAAGCUGAUCAAGCAUUGGUGAAGUUUACACCAAGUAACGAGCUUGCUGCUGUUAUCAUCAAAAUACCUGGUGAAAGCGAUGCACAGCAAGCUGAUAAAGAUGGAUUCCUGUGCAACUUCAUGGAAAAUUCGAGCUCCAAAAGUACUACUGUCAUACUUUCUGGGGGAGUCCAUAGCAUGCCAAACAAAACAUGCCUAUCUUCAGCUUGGUUCCACACAAAAAGGGAAUUUAUGCAAUUCAGUUCAUCAAUCACUGCGUUGCAGGCGUUCUUUAUUGCCGUAACAGUUGUAAGUUGUUGGAAAUCCUCUGAUUUUCCAAAAUUCAAUAACCUAAAGGAAGAAAUGUUUGAUGGCAGCCUUGGGAUGGACACCAAACCAACCAUUGCAGCUGGAGCCAUGCCUGCAAAAUAUGCUCCUAACCCGCCUCAUUCACCUGCUGGGAGGGUAUAG